UGUCUGUCUGUCUGACUGUUUGUUUGUCUGUCUGUCUGUCUGUCUGUCUGUCUGUUUGUCUGUCUGUCUGUCUGUCUGUCUUUCGUAUAUUUCAAUUUUGUAAACCUUCAUUCACUUCGAGUGUGCAUCCACUAUUACUAAAAACAUCGAAUCUAGGAACGGUUCUGCAUAGUCCACAUGCAUUCUUGACCAGGUGUUUUGGCCACUCCCAUGGGAGUAACUGUGCUGAAGGAGGGUUUGGGCGGUUCAAUUCGCAUAUUACACAUUUCCUGACCAGCUGUUCUACCUCUGCGUCAAUGCUUGGCCAUGAGACCACACUCCUUGCCACUCAUUUCAUUCUAGCAGUCUCAGGAUGGGAUUCAUGAAUCUCCGUCAAGAUCCGUGUGCAGCCUGCAGGCGGUGUCACAACCCUGGUUCCCCAAACUACACAGUCAGCUUACAAAGACAGUUUGUGACUCCUUAAGUUGUAUGGUAUUAUGCAACUUUUUAUUGCCAGCCUUCUCUAAUCCAUGUUUGCGCUUGCGACAGUAAUGGGUCGUUUGUGGUCCAUCAUCCAAUCUCUGUAGCUGUAACUGGAAGUUUUUCCAAUUCGCACAAAACGUGAAACAUUGCUUCUGGCUGGCAUGUAUAAAGUGGUAGAUCCGGUAGAGCACUCGUCAUAAUGCGUCAUCAUUAUUGUGUCUCUUCCUUGAUUUGUAGCUAAAGGUAUAUCGAUAUCCCGUCAAUAGUAGCGCCCAUCGUUGAAUUCGUGCUAAAGCUGUCACUGCAAUGCUUCGCCUUCCCCAAGCAGUUCCUUCUGUGGUUUGUGAUCAACCAAAAGUUCAAAGUGUCGGCCAUAGACAUAACGGUGAAAUUUUGAAAUUCCAAACACGAUUGCAGCCCGUUACGGUCACAUUAUCAAUAGGUUUUGUUAGCUGCCGACAGCGAUCCCGAUGCAAACGCAAUAGCAUGUCCAUUUCUAUUUUCAAGCCUGUACGGCAAAACGGCACCUAGUCCAAAAGAUGAGGCAUCACAUGCCAGCAACAGUGGUAACUUGGCAUUGUAGUGUACCAGUGCUCGAGAAGAUGCCAACAAUCUUUUCGAUUACUGGAAAGUCUUGUCUUCAUCCUCUGACCAUUUCCAUGGUGGUCCCUUCUGUAAAAGGGCAUGCAGAGGUGCCAACACUGUCGCUCGACCUGGAAGCAACUUGCUGUAGUAGUUCAGGAUUCUAAGGUAUGCCUUCAACUCUGAUACUCCUCGUGGUAUCAGUCCAUCUCGAAUGGCCCUCGCUGUUUCCUCCAUGGGGUGUAAUAGAGUCCUCCAUGAACUGACACUUAUCUUGUUUAAUCUCAACCCGGUUUCUCUUAGUUUCUUCAAAACUCCUCCGAAGUGCUCCAAGUGCUCAGUCUGACUCUUUCACGUUAUCAAGAUAUCGGCAAGGUUAAGCCACCACAACGCACGACAUGUCUUUCAACAAGCCUUCCAUGAUCCUCUACAAUAUAGCUGGUGUCGAGGCUAUUCCAAACAGUAACCAGUGGUAACGAAACAGUCCUUUAUGCGUGUUAAUGUUUGCCAAUUCUUAGGACUGUUCUUCCAGACGUAACUGGUGGUAUACUCGCAUCAGGUCUAGUUUGGAGAAUGUUUCUCCUCCUGCUAACUGUGACAUACGCUGUCGUGCACUUUGUGUCCCCACGGGCUACCAGGCCCCACGCCAUUUCCUCUCUCCCUGAUAUUUGCGACCACGUGCACCAAAAACGCGAAACACCAUGGCGUCCAAAACAGCACGCGGAAUCGUGAUCAUCCGCAAUUGCGGAAGAAUCCGAGUCAUCUACCUGCUGUCUCUUAAAUCUGUGCAGCAGCAUUGCUGUAUCAGUGUCCUAUAGCACUAUACUUGAAUAUGAUUCUCUAGAUAAUGGUAAACUGUAUUCUUUGCAAAUUGAUAAAAUUUGGCAAUUUCGUUUAUAUAUGUAUGCAUGUAUGUAUGUAUGUAUAUAUAUAUACACAUACAUACAUACAUACAUACAUACAUAUAUAAUACCAUAGUGAUAGCAGAAACUUUCAAACAUCAGACUAAUAGAGCAACGUCAAUUAUCCAAAUAAUUGAUUCAGGCAUAUAUACGUCAUACCUGCCGAUCCAAUUUCUAAAUCUACUCAACUGAAUGCUAACGUUGUAAUUCAUGCAAUUGUACAUUGCAAGAAAAUCUAUCUUGAAUUACCAAGCUUUAAAUGAUAUAUGCAAUUGUACGACUACGCGGAAAACUGUUACGCAAUUCAUAUCAUUGACAUACGAAUACAUGGCAUUACUUUACGCGCAGCUUCAAUUGGUGCACACUUCAAGCAUCUCUUCUCGUACGCCUGUUGCGGUAGUGGAAUAUGUAUCGGACGACAAUAAUGAAGAGAGUACGACUGCUGUGACCUCAGAACUUGUAGAAUAUAGCAAUGAAUUGUUGUAUUCGGUAGAAGACAAAUUAUCUCGAGCCAGUGCAGAGAGAUCUUUAGUCGGUUUAACAUUAUUCUCUUCAGGUGUCGACAAGUCCGGUGUCUUGGCAAAUUUUUAUGUUUAUGACCGACCUCCUCCUUCUCAACCAUCUAAUGACGGACCUCAUCCUUCUCAACCAUCUUCAACUGAUGUUAGAAUUUGUCUGAGUUGUGGUGUUAUGCAUUAAUUACUGCACACUUUUAUUUACUCCAACCAGUUUCACUAAAGCGUUGGCCAAUAUGCAUUUUUGUUCACAAACCAGUAUGUUCGCUUGGCCCCUUUUACAUAAUUGAUUAUAAACAUUCGACGUUUUACGC